CAAUGAUUAAAGUGCCAGUCAAGAAUCUGACGUACCGCAGGCUGGAAUUGUCUGUAGAAUAAUAGGUAUUAUAAUAUCAGCUUUUGACAGUACCAAGAUGAUUAGCUAUAUAAGUAGGCAUCCGUCCAAGCAAGCAUUAGUUUGUGGUUAGCGCGCAAUAGCUACGUGUUUGAGUGUUUAAUCCGGACAAUUUGAAGAAUACUAAAACUUCGGUGUUUUGCAAUGUACUCUAAAACCUUAGGCGUGACAUUGGCAUUGCUUGUUUUGUGUUGCGCGAUUACGCCACAUCAAGCCUGGGAUAUACCUGAAAUGGUAAGGAAACAAGUGAACAAAAUGCACAAGCGCUGCAUGGCUAAAACAGGCGCCGGUGAAGAGCUAAUGGCCCAGGCGCACAAGGGUAUUUUGCCAAACGAUCCAUCUUUUAAAUGCUUUCUGCACUGCAUGUUUGAUGUGUUCGGAUUGAUCGACAGUGAAAAUGUUAUGCAUUUGGAGUCUUUGGUUGAAAUGUUACCAGAGGAAAUACAUGAGAAGAUUAUGACGUUGGUGGAAGCAUGUGGCACGAAAAAGGGCGUUGACGGCUGCGAUACUGCUUAUCAGACGGUUGUAUGCUACAUCGAUACGGAUGGACCUUUUAUUAAAUCUACCGUUACUGACUUACUUGGCUAGCAGAAAACUUACUUGAACAAUUCCCGAUCGACAAUGCCCAGCAGCAGCAGACAACGCAAUAUACGCAGCGCCUCGAUUUGA